CGUGUGCAACGAAAAGACCUAUAAAAUAAAACAUAAAAUAUACUUAAAUAUAAAACACAAGUGUACUGUUUCGGUGUCUGCUGGGAAUUAUUCAAUAUCUGACACCAAUCAUUAAUAUAACAUAUAUUGCGGUCCAGUUUUCAACCAACUUGCAUCGCUACGACAACUGAAAAGCUCUUUCCAACAUUUAUAUUUUGCUUGUACUUUUCAUGGUUACGUCCCAAAAUAGGACUACGUAUGGCCGCGAGUGGUCAGCGCCGGCUAGCUCUAGAGCACUCGGGGUGUGAGUACUUCAACCCUGCACACACACAUGCAACAAUAAACAAACAGAUGUUUGUACUUUAAAACACUCCACGCUGCAACAGCUGUCUUACUGCUGGGCCAAAACAUUGACGAAAUGUGCACAACUAUAAGACUAUCAAAACACGUGAUUAUCGCAAAACUAACUCCCCCACUUGUUCCCUUCUAGGUCACAGGACACCAUUUGAUAUAUUGUGGGCUUUUGGGGGCAAACCCAAAGCCUCUGCGCUCCCACCCGACCUUAGCAGCUGUAGAUGUCUCCGACUGCUCCUUGGACCGGUUACCGUAGUUUACCUUGGGACUGUCUACAUGUUCCCUCCUCUUCGAGAUAUAGGUCUAAAAACCUAACUUAUUUACAGAAUUGCUUCAGCUUUCCAGGUGCAGAAACAUCGAGUGAAACAUCGAUAACAUCGAUGUCUUCAAAACAUCGGAACCAUCGAUGGUUCGUGACCACCAUCGAUGUUUUCACAAACAACUCGGCGCUCGGUAAGAAAAAAUUGAUUUCUAGUUGAUGGUGUUGGUGGACGUUGAUGGAUGAAGAAAAAGCAAGUCUGAACGAGUAUUCAGCAAAGCUGGACGAACCAUAUCUGACCGCAGGACAAGGCUUAAACCUGAAGUUGUUGAUCAACUUUUGUUCCUGAAUAGAAAUAGACACUUUAAAUGAUCUCAAAUAAAUCUCAUGUUACUGUU